AUGAGACCUCCCGGAUCAGCACCAUUAUCAGAAGCCAACAAGGCUGAACAAGAAAAAAAAGAUCCCAAAGAAAGCAACCACGUCUAUAAUGAAAGAAGAUCACACGGCAAAGGCCGUGGUGGGUACAAGGGACGUGGUGGUCGUGACAACUACUCAUACGGCCGUGGGCAUGGAAACCACAAUAACUGUGGUCGUGGUUCCAGCUAUGGCCGUGGAAGAGCCAUUUUUGGCUGUGGUCGAGGCGGCAUAUCCAAGCCUCCUUACUCGACCAAAUCCAGUCUUAAGAACAAGAACCCGGAAGCCCAUAUGGUUCAUGAUAACGGGUAUGAUACUGAUGAUGAUUUCGACCAUGAAAAGGAUGACCUUAUGGAUCAUGAGACUUCAGAUUGUCUCAAAGACUAA